CAGAGGCACCUCAAGUGCGCAUGCGCUAAGCAUGGCGCUGGGGAACAGCUGACUGACAGUGUGCCCGCUGCCUGUUGACAGUCUGCCGCUGCUGGGGGUCGGUCAGGAUGAAGCCUUUAGGGUUCCUGGUCGCCUGGGGGUUCCUGGUCACCAAAGUGCUUUCUACGCCAGGGAUGAUGCAUGUCAUAUCGGAGAAGAGCAGCUCCAAGGAUUACUGCAUUUUGUUUAACCCCUUGUGGGCAAGUCUACCUCAGGACCUGGCUAAAGCGGCUUUGUUGCAGCUUGAAGACCAGACAGCGUCUGUACUAUGCUCUCCAACAGAUGUCCCAGACGGAGGCUUUAAUAACCGAAUCCUCAUGGUAAUGCGAGGGAAUUGCACUUUCUAUGAGAAGGUUCGGCUGGCACAGAUCAAUGGGGCACGAGGGUUGCUUAUUGUGAGUCGGGAGAGGCUGGUCCCUCCUGGAGGUAAUCGAAGUCAGUAUGAAGAAAUUGAUAUUCCAGUGGCCCUCCUUAGUCACAGUGACAUGAUCGACAUUGGUAAGACGUUUGGACGGGCAGUGAAAGUUGCGAUGUAUGCACCAAAAGAACCUGUCGUGGACUACAACAUGGUCAUUAUUUUCGUGAUGGCUGUCGGAACAGUCGCCAUUGGUGGCUACUGGGCUGGAAGUCGUGAUGUGAAGAAAAGGUAUAUGAAGCACAAACGGGAUGAUGGCGCAGAUAAAAAGCAUGAUGAUGAAACGGUGGAUGUAACUCCCAUCAUGAUCUGUGUCUUUGUGGUUAUGUGCUGCUCCAUGUUGGUUCUCCUCUACUACUUCUAUGAUAAUUUAGUGUAUGUGAUUAUUGGGAUAUUCUGCUUAGCAGCAUCCAUCGGUCUGUACAGCUGCCUGUCUCCGUUUGUCCGCAGACUUCCGUACACUAAAUGCAGAGUUCCUGAUAACAGCUUGCCAUAUUUCCACAAGCGACCCGCCAUUUGGAAGCUCGUGUUGGCGUCCUUUUGUAUUGCUGUCAGUGUGAUAUGGGGCGUCUACCGGAAUGAAGACCAAUGGGCCUGGGUGCUUCAAGACAUUCUUGGCAUAGCAUUCUGUCUGUACAUGUUGAAAACAAUACGUCUGCCAACAUUUAAGGGAUGCACGUUACUCCUGGUUGUCCUCUUUGUAUAUGAUGUGUUCUUUGUCUUCAUUACUCCAUUUCUCACAAAGACUGGAGAAAGCAUUAUGGUUGAGGUUGCUGCUGGACCUACCGACUCCUCCACUCAGGAAAAGCUUCCAAUGGUCCUGAAAGUACCACGAUUAAACUCCUCUCCCCUAGCGCUCUGUGACAGACCCUUCUCUCUCUUGGGAUUUGGUGACAUUCUUGUACCAGGGUUACUUGUUGCCUACUGUCACAGAUUUGACAUACAGAUGCAAUCCUCAAGGAUCUAUUUUGUAGCCUGUACUAUAGCCUAUGGAAUAGGUCUCCUUGUUACGUUCUUGGCAUUAGCCCUGAUGCAGAAAGGCCAGCCUGCUCUGCUCUAUUUAGUCCCCUGCACCCUCCUGACGAGUUUGGCGGUAGCCGUCUGGCGCAAGGAGUUGCCCGCAUUCUGGACUGGCAGCGGCUUUGUGAAAGACCUUCCACAGCCUCCCUUGGUAUUGGCUCCUUGUGAACCUGAUGACGGCUUGGUCCAGCAAAGUGAGGAAGAGGAUCAUGAAAAUGAAGCUGACAGCCACCCCACCGCAUUGUUUCCAGCCACGGACAACACUACACCAGACACCGCAGAGCAACAACUCCAUCAAGACAAAGACAGGACAGAGCCUUCUGAGCAACAGCCAUGCCCAGUGACUGACAAAGCUAAUUCAGACCCUACAGACCAACCGGACCCAGUCACUGAUCACAUUAUCUCAGAUCCUGCGGUGCCACGGAUCACCUCAGACGAGACCACCUCAGACCAAUCUGACCCACAGAUCUGCCACAGUGCCAACAGGACAGCUUCAAAUGCUGAUGCAAAUAAUGCUGUACUGCCUACAUCACUAAAACAAAGCGAAGAGCAAUGAGCUGGCCUUUGCAGUGCAGGGGGCCCCCUUAAAACAUCCAGGGAAAAAGCACUGCAUGGGAAAAGAAUACCAACAAUUUAAUUGCGCAUGUCUGUGUGUAAAAAGAUAGUAACACUAUCCUGGACUCAAUGGUUCCUUUUUUUUUAUUUUUUUUUAUUUUUUUUUUUUAUUUAAAUGUUGGGAUAAUACUUCAAUGAAAGAGUGUAGCAGAAUAAAUAGCUAGCUAUCAUAUUAAACUUAAAACCUAUGGUGCUUUAAAAAAAAAAAAAAUAUAACAUAUGCUAAUUCUAUAUGAGGACUUUGACAAUACAAAGUAGUUCAACACUUUUACUAUUUACAUUUACUUUUCGGCUAGUGUAUGUAUAUAGAUAAAACAGUGGCUGUAGCAUUUUGAUGACUUUUUUUUUUUUUUUCUUAUUAUAUGCUAUUGUAAUUUUAAUUGCUGCAGUAGCCAAGUCAGUAUGUGGGUUCCACUGAGAUUGUAAAUAAACAUGCACAUUUUUUAACUUCCCUAAGUCAUCCCAAAGAAACGGUAAAACUUAGUUAUAAUUUAGCCUUCUGGUACUAUUUCAGGAUCUGAAUUGACGUACAUUAAUGUAUAGCAAGUCGGUUAGCAUUUAAAGGAUGAGUGUACUUUUUAAUAAUGUAAUCUUGGAGGUUUGUUCCCCAGAAUUUGUGAUAUCCAGCUCUGUAUUGGUACGGAACUGCAUUCUGAUUUUAGAGUGGAGAAUGGGUGACUUAAAGGGGAACUCUUACUUGCUAGGGUUUUUAAUAUUCUAUUUACUUAUCCCCUGUAUAGAAAAUAAAAUAUAUGUAUUUGCAAG